AUGAACGAACUUCGGGAACUCGACGAAAUUCAACAACUCCAGGAUUUCGAGUCAAACCCUAUGACAAGGUCCAUAAGGGACCGCUUAGACCCCUUUAGAACCUGGAGUGAUAGGGGUUUUAGGCGCCGGUACCGUUUCUCGAAGGAUACUGUACGAUUCAUCAUUGAGGUGGUGCGUCCUGAUUUGCAAGCGAGUGAGUUCAACAAUGCGAUACCACCAGACUUGCAGGUGCUGAGUGCAUUGCGAUUUUUCGCCAAAGGCUCCUACCAAGACGACGCCUCCGACAUUCACGGCUUUAGUCAGCCUACGCAAUCGCGGAUAGUGCGUAGAAUUUCAGUAGCCCUGGCCAGCAGGCGAGCUCAGUUUAUCAAGUUUCCCGUGCUCCCAGCUGAGCAAGAAGACGCAAAGACACAGUUCCUGAGGAAGUUUGGCUUCCCGUUCACCGUUGGCGUGAUAGAUUGCACGCAUAUUCGCAUUAAAAGCCCCGGUGGACAAGCUGCACAAAUGUACAUAAACAGAAAGGGGUACUACUCCCUGAACGUGCAGCUAGUGUGUGAUGCAAAAGAAGCUAUCACAAACGUCGUUGCGCGGUGGCGAGGAAGCGCUCACGACUCAAGGAUAUGGCAGGAGUCUGAGCUCCACAGGACAUUUUCCUCUGGUGCAAUACAUGGAGUUCUUCUUGGGGACAACGGUUAUGCAACAACAGAGCACCUGCUGACACCACUCCUGAGACCUCGAACUGAACGAGAAGAGCGAUUCAGCGCCGCACACCGCAAAACUAGGCAGCUCAGUGAACGUGUCAUCGGGCAACUGAAGAACAAGUUCCGUUGCCUCAUAGAAAACUUGAAGUCAGGCUGGAAACAGCAAAGGCUGUCAUAG